AUGGCAGCCCUUACAGCAUCUUGGAUUACAUGGUUUGCGGCGUUGUAUGUUCACAGCAUAAGCCAUGCGAUUUCCGACACCAUGAGCAUUGCAUUAUCCGAUUUGAAUAUUUACGCAUCUGAUCACAAACGACCGAGUCGUAGAAAACACAGGGGCGCGAAUCACCAUCGCGGUAUAAUGAGCAAUGUCUCCAAUUCCAGGCCGAGUUGCAGCAUUGUUGUCGCGGGCGACCCGUGCUACGAGAAAGUGAUGUGGGCCAUGCAGAUUGGCAUUUCAACACAUCCAGAGUGGUAUCACCCUUUGACAAAGAAGUCAAGUUUUAAGGACUUCCAGCGGCACUUGCACAGCACAGCCAGGCUCUCCGAAGUGUGCCCUGAGCCUUGCGCAGAAAGCAUCGGACCGGUGACGCUAGAACUUGUCAACGAAAGCAGCGAGGCGCGCUCUGGUGCUUCAUGGACGAAGAUAUACCAAAUUCAGGAUGGAUCCAGGGGGUCGCAUUCUUUUCCCCUGACAACAGGAGGUUAUGGAGACAUUAACGCGGCCGUGGGAUCAAAUCAUGCGAAGUUGUCCGACGCCGAGAUCAACGCCAUGGCGACGGCGCGGGAUGGCUACUCGCACAUAUAUCAAAUCAAGAGCUCAGACUGCUCUUCAUACUUGUACGUCAAGACCAACGAUACAUACAAAGACGAUCAUCGGUCGUUUGGCCUGACUAAAGCUAAUACUUUGGUUGGGCUGGGGUCCUCAUACGAGUCGGUGUCGACAUGGGCCACAUUACCAUCUACGUCACACGGCAUAGACUUGCUUUACACAAGCACAAAUCUCGGAGGAGAGUCGUGUUGCCGGUAUUUCUUUGGGCAUGGGUCAAGAGACUGUUGGUCUGGCCCUACAGGUUACCGCUGCGUGAACGGUGGCUCAGAUUGCUCUGGCUACAAGAAACUGGAAAGUGUCGUGUUUCACAUUUUCGGAGGGGGACCUAGCCCGACGCCGUCCCCGACGCCGUCCCCGACGUCGUAUCCGACGCCGUCUCCGACGCCGUCCCCGACGCCGUCUCCGACACCGUCCCCGACGCCGUACCCGACGCCGGACCCAACGCCCUACCCGACGCCGGACCUGACGCCCAGUCCCACGCCAGCUCCGACACAUCCUCCGGGGUGGCCGACGCCACAGCCGACCUUUUCUGCUGCGACCGGAGCGACUGGAGUGGCCGAAGUUGGAGCCGUGGCUGCCAUUGGCGACCCGCAUUUGCAAAACAUCCAUGGUGAGCGGUUUGAUUUGAUGAGGCCGGGUAAGCACGUUCUUCUUCACAUUCCCCGGCGCGAGCGUGUUCAGCACGUAUUGCUUCGUGUAGAGGCCGAGGUGCGUCGAUCGGGUGGGCAGUGCGCAGACAUGUACUUCCAGCAGCUGAAUAUUACAGGGGCGUGGGUGAACGCGAGACAAGCUGGCGGCCUCCGCUUCCAGGCCCAGGGUGUGCACGCGGAACAUCCGAAGUGGCUCAAGUUCGGGAAGGUCGAGCUGAAAGUUGCCCAUGCGCCUCGUCGUCCCUGGCAAGCCGGGAUCGGCGGACAUCAAGCACCUUGA